AAUGAAGGACCCGGAAAAAAAUCCAUGCGACCACGGGAAGGACGGCAAACUCCAAAUACAGCAGCAGGCGUCGAGAUUGAACCCACGACCCGCAUACCAGGCGAGGGAGUGAACAUCUCGUCACCUCUUGAGAGUUGUACACGUUACGUUACACUGACGAACACCUUUUAGAAGCCAUAUUUGUAUAUUGUACAAUUUUUUUAAGGCUUAAAACAUUAAUAAAGGAGAACACUCACUACAUAGUGUCGAGUGUGAUGUCGCCGCGCUAUGUAAGUUGUACAUAUAUAAAUAGAUAUAGUAUAAAUUUAACACGUUUUUAUACCAAAGGCAUGCAGAUUGCGUGCGCUUAAGUGAGAACAUAUUGUCGGGCACAGCAGCGCUGUACACGCGUGUCUAGAAUGUGACGGGAUGUGGGCACGCGGUUUACCCAAGUUGUUUUAAUGUGCUGUGUUUCACACUUCCUGUGCAUGAUUGCUGUAGGCGAGUGUUUUGCACGUCUUAAAAGUGUUCACCAAUGCACGUUCGUCGUCAAGCUAAGCAGGUUGAAGCCUGGAUAUUGUUUGAAUGGGUGACCAACAUGCGGGGAUGCGUUGUGGGAUACGGAGGGCAGUGCAGAUAAAAUAUUGUACCGUGCAGAACUUCGGUGUUCUCACGUUCUGUGUUUUGUUUGCGUACAUCGUAUCUCGCCAAGCCUUAUCGUUACAUUAUUUAUGGGGAUUGUUUUGUUCGCUUCAAGCGGUUUUCGCUUAUAGCGGCACUUGGCAGGAACACAUCUCCCGCGUUAAACGAGGACUUACUGUAUUUUGCUAAACGGUCCCCUUUUGAUAACGGCUGUGCACUGUGGGUCACCCAUCCCAAGCAUUACCCAGGCUCAAAAUCUGCUUGGCUUCCGAAAUGUUAUGUUUCGACGCAUUUCGGGUGAUUUGUUCAAAGGCGUAGUAGCUGCAGUUUUUGGGCUAGAUAAGCUUACUGUCGUAUUCUAAUAUGCAGGUAUCAACUAACGACCCAUACAAUGUGCUUGAGCUGCUGCCUAGUUUUCCGAAUACGGCUCCGUGCCUUGGGGAGCAGACAACCAAUAUCGUGGCGGGAUGAAGACCACAGAGGUUCAUGUGAUGCGAGUGCUACGAUCCCACGCACAACCCACCUUGAGCUGCGUGUUCAAGUAUGACGAAGUACCCGUCCGUCAUCCAGCAGUGGAUCGAUACACGGCCUCUUCGUGUGUUUGCAUGUUUGUCUUAAACCCCACCCCCCCACACACAGAGGGAUACAUACAGAAAGAAGGGCCAUUAACCUCUGCUUUGGCAUUAACUCAAAACCUUCCAGUUGCGAGCUGAGUGCUUCUACAAAGGUGCCAGCAACAUCACCUGUUUCGCAAUCUACAAGAACACCGAGGCCGCCACCGCUAUAGCCUAAGCCAGCGUUUACCGAUUUGGGUUGUGGGUUGUUUGUGUAACGUGAUCUCUGCCUCUAACGGGACCGCAUGAAUGCCACGUGAUUGAUGUCCCUUCCGUGGAGGUGCAGGUGAGAUACUGCCACGAGCUCCCCGCCCGUGUUCCAAAUGUGCUGUAGGCGUCACUUCACGAGACGAAGAUAUGACCAUCUCUCGCAGAGCAGUUCAACCCAUUCCAGCACUGGAUUAGAGAACGGCCCACGGAAGCGGAUAUCACAGAACUACUCCUGAGAGCCAUUCAAUUGACCUCAAGUACCCCAUGACAGUCAACCCGAUAUUUUAAGUUCAGAGCUGAUUUUUGCCCAAAAUUCAGUGCAGAAGCAGUUGUAAUAUUUGUUAUGUCUGGUAGGGUUUGUAUACGGUCAUGUGUGACGUAGCUGAGACAUUUGAGAUUUUUUUGUAACCACUCACCCCCGUCCCUUAUACAUCACCUUGCACUGCUCUUCUGUCGCAGUCGUUACGCUUGUCUCUCUGGAACCGCCUGAACCCAGACAAUCGCCUCCUCCUCUGUUGUGUUCCGCCCACACCCUCACAUGCCUCCCGGCCGGACUCUCUGAGGGUGGUGCGCGUGUGCAUCCGUGUGUUCACGUGCGUGUGUGCGAGUAUAAGUUCGCUUGCGAGAGGCGCGGGCAGGGUGGGUAGCGCACGGGCGAAGUGCGGUGAGUCGCUGUGCAGCACUCUGUGUGGGAGAAACAACUUGGAGGCUGGAGUGUCCAGGUCCUAUCAAGUUGGCCUUUUCAUUGAGCAACGUACACAUUGGCCGCGGGAACUUGAUUUAAAUCCGUCCAGAAAAGAAGACAACAACACAAACCAUGUCCACCACCUCCAACAUCUCCUGGGUCACGUCACUCGAUCCCAACCGCACCGCGUGGGCCAACCACAGCGAGAGGGACAACGCCUCCGAAGUCCUCAAGCCUUGCUUGAACGCUGAUAAUUAUUUCGCCGGCACCUGGGACAUUUUUACCUCUGCCACCCCCGUACUCAUCCUGACCGCCUUUGCCCUGGGUCUCGUGCUCAACCUGGCCGUCCUGCUGGUCUACGCGCUGCACUGCGGCGUCCAGACGGUGGCCGACGUCUACGUGACGAACCUCACGGUGGCCGAGCUACUGCUCGUCGUGAACUUGCCUUUCUGGGCCGUCUCUGUGAAGCGGGGCCUCAGCUGGCCCUUCGGCGACUUCAUGUGCCGCGCCACCAACGCGGUGCUGUACGUGAACAAGUACGCCAGCGUCUUCUUCUUGGCGGCCGUCAGUCUGGACCAGCACCAGGUCAUCUGCAAGACCAUGCAGUCCUACGCGAAGCGCCGCGUGUCGCGUGUACGCCUCAGGUGCGUUGUGUUAGUCACGUCGGACGGAUUCCAGGAAAUUCACCACACACCCCGGAUUCCAGACACUCACAUGGGAUGCACCAAACACCACGGAUUCCAUCAACUCACAAAAGAUGCACCAAACAACACGGAUUUAAUAAACUCACGAGAUGCACCACACACCAUGCUGUGCCAAUUAAGUGCCCUGUGCGUGAUCAUUCUCAUCCUAAUCCCAGCAGUUCCAGCCAUCCCGUUGCUCUCACUUGCAUUGUACGCUCCUUCUCGCCUUCUCUGUUCACAAUCCCAGGUGUCUCUGUCUGCAUCCCCCUCCUCCUUGUGCUCUAUCACCAUUCCCUUCGUUCUCGCUUUUGGCCCCCUGACGCUGGAACUGCCCCAAAACUUCAACCAGCCUCGCUGUCUCUUUCCUUCUUCCAUUACGUGACAACCCUUACUAGUUGGCUGUGUCGGGUGGUGGCGUGUUUAACAACACGUUUAUAUAUUUACGUGAUCUAACCCCAAAAACCUCUUAUGGAUCACUCACAUUUUCCUCGCUUACCCCAACUCUCCGACCCAUCCCUAACUCUAUCCUUCUUCGCAACUUCCCUAACCCAUCCAUAACACUCACUCGCUCGUCAUCAACCACUGACUGUCGUGUUCAUCAUCGUUUGUUCUACGCAUCAUCAUCAUCAUAUUCAUCACGCACGACCAUCCUUCUCAUCAACUUAUUUCAUGACACUAUUCUACUGUACAAAUAGUUAAUUAUUUGUUCAGCGCCCUACUCAGGGCGCAGUAUAAAGUAAAGAUGACACUCCUGAGCCACCUCUGCUGCCCAUCGUCCUUGACGGCUC